CGGCUAGCAGCUAGCUCGUUGCUAGCUGCUUGUUAUUUUGUGCAACAAGAUGGCUGUCGUUCCCGAGAACAGGGUGCUCUCCUUCGGCGUUUUUAAAUGGAGCUCUUAUUCUUCCACGUAUUUACCUGAAAACAUCUUGGUGGACAAACCCAACGAUCAGUCUUCCAGAUGGUCUUCAGAAAGCAACUACCCUCCACAAUACUUAAUACUGAAACUGGAACGGCCGGCCAUCGUACAGAGCAUCACCUUCGGGAAGUAUGAGAAGACUCACGUGUGCAACCUGAAGAAGUUCAAGGUGUUCGGGGGCAUGAGUGAGGAGAACAUGACAGAGCUCCUGUCCAGUGGCCUUAAGAACGACUACAAUAAGGAGACAUUUACCUUAAAACACAAGAUCGAGGAACAGAUGUUCCCCUGCAGAUUUGUCAAAAUAGUGCCUCUCAUGUCGUGGGGUCCUAGUUUUAACUUCAGUAUCUGGUACAUCGAGCUCCACGGCAUCGAGGACCCAGACGUGGUGCAGCCCUGCCUCAACUGGUACAGCAAGUACCGGGAACAGGAAGCCAUCCGCCUCUGCCUCAAGCACUUCCGGCAGCACAACUACACGGAGGCGUUCGAGUCGCUGCAGAAGAAGACGCGCGUGGCGCUGGAGCACCCCAUGCUGAGCCACCUCCACGACCGUCUGGUGCUGUGCGGGGACUUUGACUCCUGCGAGGAGCUCAUCGACAAGGCCGUCGGAGACGGGCUGUUCAAUCAGUACAUUAGCCAGCAGGAGUACAAGCCCAGGUGGAGCCAGAUCUUGCCCAAAUGCCACAAAGGUACAAACGCCCAAGAGCCCAACCGAGGAGACCCCAACAGUGACGCCGAUGACAACCGUCCCGGGAUGAGAGGCGGUCACCAGAUGGUCAUUGACGUCCAGUCGGAAACGGUGUACCUGUUUGGCGGCUGGGACGGGACCCAGGACCUGGCGGACUUCUGGGCCUACAGCGUCCAGGAGAACCAGUGGACGUGCAUCUCCAGGGACACGGAGAAGGAGAGCGGUCCCAGUGCUCGCUCCUGCCACAAGAUGUGCAUGGACUCCCAGCGGCGCCAGAUCUACACGCUGGGCCGCUACCUGGACUCCAGCGUCCGCAACAGCAAGUCCCUGAAGAGCGACUUCUACCGCUACGACAUCGACGGCAACGCCUGGACGCUGCUCAGCGAGGACACGUCCGCCGACGGGGGGCCCAAGCUGGUGUUCGACCACCAGAUGUGCAUGGACUCUGAGAAGCACAUGAUCUACACGUUUGGCGGGCGCAUCCUGACGUGCAACGGCAGCAUGGAGGACAGCCGGGCGUCAGAGCCCCAGUUCAGCGGGCUGUUCGCCUACCACUGCCUGGCCGGCACCUGGAGCCUGCUCAGGGACGACUCCUGCAACGCCGGCCCCGAGGACGUCCAGUCCCGCAUCGGCCACUGCAUGCUCUUCCACACGAGGAACCGCUGCUUGUAUGUGUUCGGGGGCCAGCGCUCCAAGACCUACCUCAACGACUUCUUCAGCUACGACGUGGACGCGGACCACGUGGAGAUCAUCUCCGACGGCACCAAGAAGGACUCGGGCAUGGUCCCCAUGACGGGCUUCACUCAGCGGGCCACCAUCGACCCGGACCUCAACGAGAUCCACGUCCUGUCGGGUCUCAGCAAGGACAAGGACAAGAGGGAGGAGAACGUCCGCAACUCCUUCUGGAUCUACGACAUCGCCCGCAACAACUGGUCGUGUGUGUAUAAGAACGACCAGGCGGUGAAGGAGAACUCCAACAAGUCUCUUCAGGAGGAGGAGCCAUGUCCUCGCUUCGCUCACCAGCUGGUCUACGACGAGAUGCAUAAGGUGCACUACCUGUUCGGGGGGAACCCGGGGAAGUCCUGCUCCCCCAAGAUGCGUCUGGACGACUUCUGGUCCCUGAAGCUCUGCAGGCCGACCAAAGAGUACCUGCUGAGGCACUGCCGGUACCUGAUCCGGAAGUACAGGUUCGAGGAGAAGGCCCAGGCGGAGCCCCUCAGCGCCCUGAAGUACCUCCAGAACCACCUCUCCCUCACCGUGGACCACGCCGACCCGGAGGAGAUCAAGGAGUUCCAGAUGCUCCCGUCCGCCCUCUUCAAGUCCAGCUCGGACUUCAUCCCACUGGGGUUCUCUGACGUGGACCAGACGUACGCCCAGCGGACUCAGCUCUUCGACACGCUCGUCAGCUUCUUCCCCGACAACAUGACCCCGCCCAAGGGCAACCUGGUGGACCUCAUCACCCUGUAGCCCCGCCUCCAGCCCUCGGCCACACCCGCCUCCAACCCUGGCCACGCCCACCUCAACCAGGGCGGUGACACUACUGACAGGGCCUCCUGAUUGGACGGAGCCGGAGAUGGAGGGGUUCAUAUUCGUCAGGGGGAGACGCCCCCCCGUCCCCUCUCUGGCGCUGCGGCGGGAAACCGCUCAGGACGCUGUGUCUGACCUUUGACCUGGUGACCCCUGACCCCCAGCAGGGUGCUUGCAGGGGGUGAACACUAGGGGGCGCUGUGGGCAGACUGAGGGGGGGGGGGCUUGGACUCAGAAACACUGUGAUCCCUGGACACGAGCCGGUCGCCGUAGCAACUCGGACCCGGCGCCAUUUAAUUUUUUUAAAGCUUUCCACUA